GAGAGAGGGGGGGGGAGAGAGAGAGAAACAUGGUCUCCAAAUUGACAUCCCUCCAACAGGAGCUGUUGAACGCUCUCCUGAGCUCGGGGGUGACCAAAGACCUUCUGAUCCAAGCCUUGGAGGACUUGGAGCCUUCCCCGAACUUCGAGGUGAAGCUGGAGAACCUGGCGGGGUCCCCGCUCAAGAUGAACGGGCCCGGGGGAGGUGGAGGAUCCGACACCAAAGCCGUGUUUCACACCCUAACCAACGGGCACAACACUAAGGGCAGACUGUCCGGGGAUGAGGUCUCCGAAGACGGGGACGACUACGACACUCCACCGAUCCUCAAGGAACUGGAAUCGCUCAACACGGAGGAGGCGGCGGAGCAGAGAGCCGAGGUGGACAGGAUGCUCAGGGAAGAUCCCUGGCGAGCAGCGAAGAUGAUCAAGGGUUACAUGCAACAGCACAACAUCCCGCAGAGAGAAGUGGUGGACGUGACGGGGCUCAAUCAGUCUCACCUUUCCCAGCACUUGAACAAGGGCACGCCGAUGAAAAACCAGAAACGAGCCGCGCUCUACACCUGGUACAUCAGGAAACAGCAAGAGAUCCAGAGACAAUUCAACCAGACAAUCCAGAAUACUGGAAACAUUAUGACAGACAAAAGCAGGCCCGAUCAGCUGCUUUUUCUCUUUCCAGAGUUUAAUCAGCAAGACCAGACUCCAGGGCAGGCUGAAGAGACAGGCAGUGAACCUGCCAACAAGAAAAUGCGUCGCAACAGGUUUAAAUGGGGACCAGCAUCCCAGCAAAUAUUGUACCAGGCUUAUGAGAGGCAAAAGAACCCCAGUAAGGAAGAGAGGGAGGCACUGGUCGAGGAAUGCAACAGGGCCGAAUGCAUCCAGCGAGGUGUCUCCCCUUCCAAGGCCCAAGGACUGGGCUCCAAUCUGGUGACAGAGGUCAGAGUGUACAACUGGUUCGCCAACCGAAGGAAGGAAGAAGCUUUCCGCCAGAAACUGGCCAUGGAUGCAUACACCGUCCAGCCACACAAUAUGAAUCCUCUGCUGUCGCACAGCUCCCCGCAUCACAUGCACCCCAACACAUCGCCCUCCAACAAACACGGCGUUCGGUACGGUCAACAGGGUACCAGCGAAGUCUCCUCCUCCACGGCGAUCAGUCACCACAACAGCGCCAUGGUAACCAGCCAAACAGUCCUACAGCAAGUCUCGCCAGUCAACCUGGAUCCAAGCCACGGUCUGUUGUCACCUGAUGGCAAGAUGAUCACGGCCCCAGGUGGGUCUCUGCCUCCCGUCAGCACCCUGACAAACAUCCACAGCCUGUCUCAGCCGCCGCACCACAAUCACCAGCAAACGCAGAAUCUCAUCAUCAAUCCCCUCUCCGGGGUCAUGGCGAUAGCACAAAGUAUAAGCACAUCUCAGGGCCAGAGCGUCCCUGUUAUUAACAGCGUAACCGCAGGAGGUUUGGCAGCUUUACAGCCAGUCCAGUUUUCUCAGCAACUGCACAGUCCUCACCAACAGCCGCUUAUGCAACAGCCCCAAAAUCACAUGUCACAGCAACCCUUCAUGGCCACAGUGACCCAACUGCAGAAUUCUCACAUGUACACGCACAAGCCAGACCCUCCCCAGUAUUCUCACACCGCACGGUUUCCAUCAGCCAUGGUUGUCACGGAUACGGGCAGCAUCAGCGCGCUCGCAAGCAUGUCCUCCAGCAAGCAGUGUCCACUCCAAGCCUGGUGAUGUUCCACACUUCCCUAUCUUCGAAUGGCUUGACGGCACAGUUAAAAGUUGGUUUCCAAAACAUCUUUCCGGUAUCGACGGAGACGACGGGGGUUUCCGUGGAAAACUCACAGAACCAAACCAGCCAGUACACUGAUCGAGCCAAUGACGCUGCGUAAGGCUGGUCUCUUUCGACAGCUAGUUCCUUAGCUCACCGUCGAAGAGUGAGGUGCGGAGGAGAAAAAUAAAAGCCCCGGUCCAGGUUGUUUUACCUACAGUUUCCUGUUGGACUGUAUUCCCCCAUUAGCCCAAACCCAGCUUGAACAUCUCACGCAAGAACAAAUGUAACCAAGAAACUCGAGAGGCAUUGCAUAAAGAGAAGCCGCCCCCUCCUGUCCUUCGGGUGUUGAAGGCGAUGCUUUGUGUCUGUUACUGGAAGAUUAGCACUAGAUCAUCGCUUGUAUAGUUAAAUCGAGCCCAAACUGCGAAUACUGACCGACCAGGGACAAGAUUACACUAAGCAAACCCGAUUCUACAGGAGGACGAACACCUUUGCAAAACGGACCUGAAGUGUUGUGAUUGAGUGCAAUCCCUGAAGUGUCAGACAUCUCCGAGGAACACUGGCGAAGAGACUCACCCACUGAACAAAUCCAGUUCAUUAUGGAAGUACGAGGGGAGGUGGGGGUGGGGG